AUGGCUCUAAAAUAUCAUAUAUUAAAAGUAGCAGGUAUUUCGUGCAUGAUUGCCGUUGCACUUUGUGCCCCACUUGAGAAAUCUAUAAGCGACAUAUCCGCAAGAAGAAAAGAAUUCAUUUCCCUCAGAUACCAAACCACACUUAAAUCAAGUGCUUUUUACAGAGACAUUGAGGCACAGAUUGACUACAACCUGAUGCGAAUCCGCGAGCUGGAGAAGGAGGAAAUAAAGGAGUUCAGCAGGAUAAAGAAGAAAAUCCAGGAAGAGACAGCAGACAUAAAGGACGAGCUCUUUCAAAUUAUGAUGAAAAUGAAUGAUGAGAAGAAGAGUGGGUUCACCAUAAACAGCGAGUACAACACUAUGAAAUUAUCCAUACUUUCAAGAAAUAAUUACUCAGUUCCUUCUAGGGUGCUUGACAAGUUUGUUAGAAUGAACCGCAAUGAAAUUAUUUGCAAUGAAAAUAAAGUGCGUGAGGUUUUGUACAGUGCAGCGCCCAUUCUUAGAUCCAUUGAUGGACCAGAGACCUUUAUACAGAACUUGGUAAAUCAGUGCCGCAUUGAACCAGAUCUCUCAGUCUCAGAAAUCCUAGAGAAUAAUUUACACUACCUACUACCAGCCCGCAUGGAAAACAGAGAGGAAAUACUUGGAUUCUUGUCGGAAGCAUACAAAAACCCAGAAAACAGCAAGAAUUUAAAGUGCGAACUAGCAGAGAUACAAAAGAGUCCCUUGAGACUGGAGUGUGAUAUUAAUGGAAACAACUGCAGCCAAAAUGACAUGGAACGCUUUGGAAAAGAAGGCACCUUUGAGUGGAUGCUUGAUGUUCUAAUGGCAGAGUACAUUAUGAACAACGGAAGAUUCCAGGGCGCAACUAGACCACUGGUGGCCUUGCAAAGGAUUGUAGUCCAGGAGGACUGCCCAGGCAAAGAGAGAAUAAGCCACUUAAUUAGCUCGCUUAGCUACAACACAGAUGUAUCCUACAGUGAGAGAAAUGCAAACCACAUUGGAAGGCAUGUAUCUGGCCUGCCUGCAAACCACAAGAAUAAGCUGGUUUCGUGCACAUACUGCAGGAAUACAGACUUGCUGCCACACAUUCAAGGAGACUACAGAGAGAUAGUUUUGGAUAUGCUUUCUGCAUUCACGCUAGUAUCCGCAGUAGAAGAUGAUGGAACAGGCAACAUGUGGACAUAUUUUGAGAACUAUCACUAUAUCUGGUACAGAAUUAAGAAGUACAACGUAGAAGUAGAAAGAAUAGAUGGUGGUGACAGACCAUAUAUUAACUUGCACGUGCGCACUAACUUGCCUUCUAUAACCAGGAUAUGGGCUAUUUCGCUUAUUGCCAUUAAUGAAUUCAUGCAUGAGUACGAAGCCAUAACAGUCACUGAACCAAAUACCUCUGCAUCACGGAAUUAA